AUGUCGAGUGUUUCCAGUUUAUCAUCUCUAGAUAGUGAGGAUUGGAGCGACAAGGCCAGCGCUGCGGACACUGUCCACUCCCGAGAUGAGACUGCUGAUUGGAGCGUCGCCAGUGCUACUGAGUCUGUCCUUUCUCGUGACGAGACUCUCUCCUCUGUUAAUAGCACUGAUUGGAGCGUCGCCGGCGCUACUGAGUCUUCUCUUUCUCGUGACGAGAGUUCCGAUUGGAGCGUUGCCAGCGGUUCUGGAUCUUUUCACUCUCGCGUUGCAAGUAUUGAGCCAACCGAAAACAUGGAUCACCCACAAGACAGCGAAGUCGUUGAUGAAAACGAAUAUACCGACGAGAGCGAAGAUUCAGAUGACGACGAUCCUCUUGAUGCACAGAAUGCUAGGAGCAGGCUGGUUGCCGCUUACAACGCCGAGCCCGCACAGGAGGGAGCCUAUACUUAUGUAGAAAUCGAUGCCCCAACUGCCUACUCAGACUCUUCCAUCUCUCUACGAUCACUAUCAACCAUGACGAACGAUCGCGCACCCCCCCAUGUUGUCUUUGCUGGGUAUCACCCAACCCUCUACUUCCGCCCCAAGACGUUCACCCUCCGCACCUCUCUCGAGCGUGCCGUCGAAGCGACCAACAUGGUCCACCGCUGGGCCCACGCUCGUCUUCACAUCCUCAUGUUGACUCCGCCCCCACAGGUCGAGACGCCUAACCCCUUCGCCGACUACAAGUGUGCCUACGACAACGACACCGUUCGUGCCCUCAACGAUGCCGCUACCUUCUACCGUCUCGCGGAGUACGGCGCUCCGGCGGUGACUCCCGAGGAGAUGGUAGCAGUCUACCCUGCAUCUAUCUGGGAUGAGAGCCCAAAGUGCUGGUUGGGUAGUGGUGGGAUGGUUGGAAGACUCCUCCAUGGCCUACUCUGGACCAGCUACGAGGAGAGGGAGCGCCUCUACCUGACUUAUCCUGAGUUCUGGGAUGUGGUCAGAUGCCCGGAAUGCGGGGUUCCCCGUGAGAUGGGGGUUUGGUGCAAUCAUGGGGAUAUGGGAAACACUGCUUGA